UCGGGCUCCAGGGGUCCCCUGAGCUCCACCAGCCCCGGGACCUCGGCCCCACCCCACCCGCAGGCCGGUGUCCCUUUGCAGCUCCUUACAGAGAUGCCAGGAAGACGGCUCGGGUUCCUACCAACCUCUGUCUGCGUGACCAUCUCACUACCAGGCCGACGGAUUUCAAAAACACUAGUAAUCGUGGCGGUAAUAAUGGUAGUCUUGGAUGGCUUCCUGUUCCGUCGAGGCCUAUCUGUGCAGAUGGAGCAGGAUGGGAAGGCCAGCCCGUGCGAAGCCUCCGGCAGAUCUAUUCCACACUCCUCUUCAACACUCGGAAGAAAAAUUGCCACUCUGUACGACAAUUUUACUUGUAAAUCAUUAAAAGAACACAUUUUCCCUCCUCUGAUGGAGAUGUUCAUUUUUUUAAAUUUUUUCAAAGCACCAUUUCUCGUGGAUUUAAAGAAACCGGAGUUAAAGAUCCCUCACACAGUGAACUUCUACCUCCGAGUUGAACCCGGGGUGACUCUGGGAAUCUGGAAGGUUUCAGACUCCGCCACGGAGAGAGGGCCCUCCCCUCUGGACAUGUUUGUUGGAACCUCUCGUCGCUGCAGGCACACGGUCCCCAGCUGCCGGGGGGAAGAGGCCAAGGGGGAGGACCGUUCCUGGUACGAGGCGGCCCUUCGCGAUGGCAACCCGAUCAUCGUGUAUCUUCACGGCAGUGCGGAGAACAGGGCAGCUCCUCACAGAAUCAAGCUGGUGAAGGUGCUGAGUGACGGCGGCUUCCACGUCUUGUCUGUGGACUACAGAGGGUUCGGGGACUCCACCGGGAAGCCCACUGAGGAGGGACUGACGGCUGACGCGCUCUUCGUCUACGAGUGGACCAAGGCGAGAAGUGGCACUACCCCCGUGUGUCUCUGGGGCCACUCUCUGGGAACAGGGGUUGCAACAAAUGCUGCCAGAGUGCUGGAAGAGAGAGGAUCCCCAGCUGAUGCUAUUAUCCUGGAAGCUCCAUUUACCAACAUAUGGGUUGCAAGUAUCAAUUAUCCCUUGUUAAAGAUUUACCGGAAGCUUCCAGGGUUUUUACGCACGCUUAUGGAUGCCCUGAGAAAAGACAAAAUAGUCUUCCCUAAUGAUGAAAAUGUUAAAUUCCUGUCUUCUCCUCUUCUCAUCCUACAUGGUGAGGAUGACAGGACAGUGCCUUUGGAGAUUGGAAAACAGCUCUACGAAAUCGCACACAGUGCAUACAGGAAGAAAGAGAGGGUCAAGAUGGUGGUCUUUCCUCCUGGCUUCCACCACAACUUGCUUUGUGAAAGCCCCACACUGUUAAAAACCGUGAGGGAUUUCCUGAGCGAGCAGUGGGCCUGAGGUCUGAGAGCUGCGGAAAUCUUCAGCGAAGACUUGGUCCAAACCCACCUGGGAUGUGUCUGUUUAUCUAAAACUGUACCAGGCUGCUUGGAUGAGCUGAAGUCAUUGACAUUUCUACAAGUUACCCACCAUUUUAGUAAGGGAAAGCACGGAUGCCGGGCCGGACGGAACGUUCUCGUUUAGCUUAUCAUGUCUACUCUGUGAAACCUCCCCUCUGGAGAGUCGGAAUCUGGUAAAAAUUGGGUCCCACCUAAAAAUGUGUAGUUACCAGACAUCCCGGAUCUUUGUGAAUAAGGUGCCCUUUACUUUGGACUUAGCAGUGUAAGAAAUGUAGUUAAAUAGUUUGUAUUUUAGUUUGGCAAUUUAAGUGGCAUUAAAGGUUCCAGGCAGUUUCUAGCUUUCUGAAUAGGGCUGGGGAAAGUCUGAGCACGCUGCUCAAGCUGCUACAAAGUAAGAAGUUUGGGGGUCUCGUGGCCCUUGGAAAUCGACACUUUAUUUUUAGCCCUAAUACAGUCAUACGCUUCCCCCCAAUUCCCAGAGAUACUUAACUGGAUUAUCAGCCAAUAAAACAAAAUCAAAGAAUGUUGUAAAAAUG